AUGGCAACAAAAACCAACUCAGAACUUUUUCCACAGUCUCCUAAUUGUUGCCGUUCUUUACCAAAUCAUGAUGAAAAAUCUUGUAGAAUUUGUGUAAAAAUGCGGAAGAUUUAUGAGAAAAGAAGGAAUAAUAGGCAUCAGGCGUCUACAAAAAAGAUUGUCGAGAAAAAACUAGCGAAAGAAGUCGGCAAUUUGGCUGAAAAAACAGAAAAAUUAGCCAAAAAAGUAAAAAAACAAGGACAGAAAAUAGAUAAGCAAGGCAAACAGAUUGAUGGGUUAGGAAAAAAAAUCGCAAAAGAUAAGAAAAAAGAUCGAGUUCAAAAAAAAUAUCAAUCACUUUUUCCCGAAAUUAAGCAAAAAGCCGAAGAAUGA